UGGUCGGUGCACACACCAGGGACAGUUCAGAACACGAGCGGCUCCAGACAGGGACGACCAGCGGUCAGCGUUCUAGGGACAACCAGUGAUCAGCAGACAGCAGCAGCUCCCAGGGCACUCAGCAGCAGACAGCCUCCAGGGACACGCAGCCACGGACAGUGUGCAGGCUCCCUCAGCAGCAGCCCCCAGGGCACCCAGCAGCAGACAGCCUCCAGGGACACGCAGCCAUGGACAGUAUGCAGGGUCCCUCAGCAGCAGCUCCCAGGGCACUCAGCAGCAGACAGGGUGCAAGGGUGCUUAGUAGACAGGCUUACAGACUGGCAGGGUCUCAGCUGUGGGGUCUGACCUUUGAGGAGAAGCCUCAUGCAGAGCUGUGGAG